AUGAAGCAGUGCGUGCUGUUGUUUCUGGCGUUCGUGAGCAUCCAUGGUGCCCCUGCAGGGGUCCUGCCACCAAGCUCUUGCAAGGAUGCCACCACUGCCUUUGUUGCUGGAGAGGCUAUAGACAAAAUCAACCAGGAUCGCACCACAGGUUACGUCUUCAGCCUGGAACGUGUCAGCAACGUCCAUCAGACACACCACGGUGAAACCGGGGUGGUGUUUUAUCUGACAAUUGAUAUCCUUGAGACCAAAUGCCAUGUCCUCAGUAAGAAGAGUUAUAAGGAGUGUGAGAGCAGGGACAUUGGUGAAAACCCGGUGUAUGGUCAGUGUAAGGCUGUGAUCUAUGUAGACAAGCCUCAAAGAGUCUCUCGUCUAUACAAAUACAGCUGUACCGUCAGACCAGUCGCCGCCUCCAAAAUCGUUGCAGUGUGCCCUGACUGCCCAGUUCUGGUCUCACUGGAUAAUAAAGAAGUGGAGAAGACCAUGAAGAUGGGUUUAGAGAAAUUUAAUAAGGAGAGUGCACUCCCAAAUUACUUUGCUCCUCUUAAUAUUACAAGAGCAAUCUCACAGCUUGGUUUGAUCACUAUGUACAGUGUGGAGUUCACCAUUCAGGAAACAGUUUGCUCCAAUAAAACUGAUAUAUCUGAGGUUUCUAAAUGCGACAUCAUGACCUGCGAGUUUGCACACAAAGGAUUCUGCAAAGCCACACAUACUCUUUCGCACGGUGAUGAAUUUAUUGACUCCAAGUGUGAAAUCUAUGAACCUCAGGCCGCAGAGGAGGAGAAGAAGAAUCAUUUGCAAGCUGGAGAGACAGACCAUCAUCAUGAGAACAAAACUGGUGCAUCCCAUUCGCAUGACCACACUCACGAUCACACACUCCCCCAUUCUCACCCAACUACGCAUGAUCAUGAUCACAGUGCUGACCACAAACAUGAUCACAAGCAUGAGGGCAAGCACGACCACGAUCACGGUAAAGAUCAUGGCCACCACCACACCCAUGAGCACGAUGAGGGCCAUGGUAAAGCCCACGGUCAUGCACACUCUCACGAGCACAGCCAUGAUCAUGACCAUGUCCAUUCGCACCACGGCCAAGCCCACAACCAUACACAAGACCAGGGUAUUCACCCUGCCCACCACAAUUAUGGACACGCCGAAGGUCAGACACACGAGCAUGAUCACGAGCUGGCGCUCGACCAUGACCACAAGCAUGGACACCUCCAUGAGCACGAGCAUCAUCACCACCACCACCAGCACGCUCAUGAAACCACCGUGAGGAAGGCAGAGGGAACUGUCCAAGUCCUCCCGUCGCUGGAUAAACCUGUGACCCUUCCUUUUUUUCCUGAUCAGCAUGAAAAACCUGACACACCCACUGGUUUUCCCCUACGCCCUGACCCACAGAUACCAGGACAGAUGGAGCCGGUCAUUGGCAAAUUCCCCAAAACUGUUUCCUCCAACUGCCCAGCGGAGUUCAAGACCAGUAACAUCCUUAUCAAGAAUGCCUUUGCUGAGGAUCCAGUCUUCAAGGUCAAGCCAGCGGCAUGA